AUGACUUUGGAAACGGCACCUGCAACUACAGGCGACGCGCGCUCGCCAGUUCCCUCUAGAAUUACUCGUCCUCCUAGACCCGAUUUCGAACAACACAAGAAAGAGCUCACGGAUAUUGACAGCAGAAUUGACAAGCUACGCAAAGAACAGGAAGAUAACAAGGACAGACUCAACAAAACCGAUACCCGCAAAGGCCCUCAUGUCGAUAAGCGCACCCAGCUGAUCAACCGUCUGCAGGAUAUUCGCACAGAGCAGAAUGCGCUUCGGAAGUCGCGCGGCAAGGUCUUUGACAGACGUGAUACUCUCGCAGCAUCGAUUGCCAAGAAGACCACCGAACUGAAGACCCAGCAGGCAAAGCUAUCGUUCAAGUCCGUUGAGGAUAUUGACGAGAUCAUUGCAAAGCAUGAGGUUGACAUUGACUCCGGAAAGCUCAAGCUCGUCGACGAAAGGCGCAUGUCCAGCGAGGUCUCGAGCCUGCGCAGAGCCAGGAAGCAUGUUGAACAGGCAGCCACCCUCCAAAAGACUAUUGCCUCUGAGGUGGCCGAGCUGACCGAGAUCGACACCCAGCUCGCCGGUACGAACGCCCAGGCGCUUGGCGACGAGUUCGAAAAGCUGCAGAGCGAGCUCGACACGCUCAAGGCGGUGCAAGAGGAGGGCCACCAGAAGCGUAACAACCUGUUUGCCGAACGCUCAAGCAUCCUCAAGGCCCUCGACCAGGCCUGGGACUUGAAGCGCAAGCUGCAGGACGAGCACCGCCGGCAAAAUAACGAAUACUACCAGUGGCAGAACGAAGAGCGCAAGCGCAAGAUUCUCGAGGAGAAGCAGCGGCACAUCCAGGAGCAGCGCGAGAAACGCCUGGCUAUUGCUCAGGAGCAGCGCGAGGAGGCAGAAAUCCCAGCCUUCCAAGACGAGAUCAACGGCUGCGACAGCCUGAUCCUGUACCUCAACAGCAUUAUUCCCUCAGCAGCCGGAAGCAACGCCAACAGCCGGUGCGAAGACAGCACUCGCCCGUCGUCAGUUGCCAGUGGUGCCCGGGAGACCAGCGGCAGCGAACACGUGCCAGCGGGUAUGGUAGCGGUCAAGAGAGCCGACAACGACGAGGCCUAUUAUGGCAGCGUCAUCUCCUCAAAGUCGAAGAGGAGAAACAACCGCAAGGACAAGAAGGCCGGAACCCCUUCCGAUGUGCUGAAGCUGCCCCUGGCUGUUGCCGAGCGCUUCUUGGAUCUCAAGGUCGAGAUCCCGACAAACGGCGCGAGCAUCCCCGCUGCCAUUGAGGGCCUGACGGCCAGAAAGCAGCACUUUGUCGGAAACCAGGCCAAGGUCACUGGCGAGAACAAGAGAAAGGCUGAGGAGAAGAUUGCCAAGCUGAUGGCAGAGCUGGACGUCGACGAGAAGAUUGCCACGAGCUCAGAGUAA